AUGGUCACUGUUAGGUCUAUUAUAGCUGUUGCUGUGUAUUUUGAUUGGCCAUUGUUUCAACUUGAUGUUGAUAAUGCAUUCUUACAUGGUACUAUUUCUGAGGAUGUGUAUAUGAAAUUGCCUCCUGGUUAUUAUUCAAAAAAUGAAACUAAAGUUUGUAAGCUUGUUAAAUCCUUAUAUGGAUUAAAACAAGCUCCAAGGAAGUGGAAUGAGAGGCUAACCACUGUGUUGUUAGAUCUUGGUUUUGUGCAAAGUAAAUGUGACCAUUCUUUGUUUAUUUACUUAAAAGAUGGUAUUACUGUUUACUUGCUGGUAUAUGUAGAUGAUAUUGUAGUUACUGGAAAUUCUGUUGAUAAAAUAAGUGAAGUUAAACACAUUUUAAAUGAAACAUUUAAAAUUAAGGAUUUAGGUGUGCUAAAAUAUUUUCUUGGCAUUGAAGUGCUUUAUGAUAAAAAUGCUAUUUGUCUUAGCCAAAGAAAAUAUUGUUUGGAACUUUUGAGUGAAUUUGGUUAUUUGGGGUGUAAACCUAUUAAUACUCCUAUAGAGCAAAGUUAUUUAGUGUCUUCCAAACUUGACAAAGAUCAGAAGUUACUUACAAAUAUUUCUGGGUUUCAAAAACUGAUUGGAAAGCUUAUAUACUUGUCUUUAACUAGACCAGAUAUAAGUUAUACAGUUCAGUUUUUGAGCCAAUUUAUGCACAAGCCAAAUGAAGUGCACUUACAGAUGGCUUUCAGGUUGUUGAGAUACUUGAAACAAAGUCCAGGAAAAGGACUAAGUUUCAAGAAGAGUGAUAAUCUAAAUUUGCUGGGGUAUGCUGAUUCUGAUUGGGGUAAAUGUCUUUCUACUAGAAAGUCAGUUACUGGUUUUUGCAUUUUUUUAGGGAAUUGCCUUGUUUCUUGGAAAAGCAAGAAACAAGGUACUGUCUCUAGGUCAUCUGCAGAGGCUGAAUAUCGUGCAAUGUGUGCAGCUACUUGUGAGCUUAUUUGGCUGAGAAAUUUAUUGUUUGAGUUGAAUGUUAAAUGCAAUUUGCCAAUGUUUUUGAACUGUGAUAGUCAAGCUGCUAUUUCAAUAGCAGCUAAUCCUGUCUUUCAUGAAAGAACCAAGCACUUUGAGCUUGAUUUACAUUUCUUAAGAGAAAAGGUGGCAAAUGGUGUUAUUAGUACUGUUAAAGUUGACUCUGAAAGUCAACUUGCUGAUUUUUUUACCAAAGGUCUUGGAAUAGCUCAACAUGAAGAAUUUUGUAAAAAACUUCUUCUUGUUGAUCUGUUUAAGCCAAAUGAAUGAAGGGGGGGUGUUGAAAUUAUAUCUGGUAUAUCUUUCAUUCAUUGGGCUUGUAUAUUGUUUGUAUCAUUUGGUCUUAUAUCAUUUUGGACUUGGGCUGAUUGUUCUAAUAAGUUGUUGGGCUGGUUGUUGUUAAGUUGUUAUUGCUGUUACAGGUUCUCGAAAUAUCUAAAGGGGUUAAGUGUAACUUCAAGGGCUUAAGUGUAACUUCAAGGGCUGUGACUGAUAGCUGUGCAACUUACAAGGACCAAAGUGAAAUAUCCUUAUUUUCACUAUAUUUAAGUGAUCUUGUUGAUCAGCUUGUUUCAUUAUUGUACUUGUUCAUCUUGUUCGCUCUGCUAGGGUUUCAUCUUGUAUACGAACAAUCUCUCAUCUGUAUCUGAGAGAUUGUUCUGGUAGUUUUGUAUCUGUUGUUGAUCAUCAUCUGUAGAUGAUCUUCUAUUCUGUAUCUGUAUCAUUUGUACUUUAGAUCUUACUUUUGUAAGAUCAGAUCUUACUGUUUUUGUAAGAUCUUUGGGUAUUUGGGGGGCAAAUCAUUUUAGGGUUGGUUAAAUAAGAUUUUGUCACCUGUUUUGUCGC